AUGUUAAUGAUCGCUGUAUUUGGAGGCACCACACAGAUAUACAAAGACAAGACUGUUUGUCUGCCAAUUAAGGAUACUGUUGCUCGCAGCAACCUUUCAUAUGUUGAACCCAACUCAACCACGGCAGAUGCCUUUGAUGCCCUCAACGUAACUGACAUUGAUGGCAGGCUAAUUCACCCAAAAUUCAUUAGACUCUCACAUAGCGAAGCUGUGUACGCUGUCACUGAGGGGAAGACCAACUUGGACAUCCAGCAGUAUCGCUUCGUUAACCGGGCAUGCUAUUUCCAAGCGGUUCCCUGGUUUCCAAAAUACUUUUCCUACUUCAUUUUGCUCCACACAAUUGCCUUGAUGGUUUGCAGCAACUUCUGGUUCAGGUACCCCAAGACGAGCUCCAAAAUGGAACAUUUGAUCUUUAUCUUGGAGAAGUGUUUCGAGUCACCUUGGACCUCCGACGUCCUCUCUCUGGCAGUCACCGAGCACAGCAGCAACACCAACGUCAGGGUGCAGGAGAAGCGCAAGACCGCACCCGCCCAGUUCAAGCCUGUCUCUCCUGGUAUCAGGGACUCGAGCAGAGGCUUCACUCGGAAUAACCUGGUGAUACAGAGGCAGAACAAGCUGCUGGAUAAGAAGGAUUGGGAGCGAGCCAAAGCCCUAUUUGAGAAAGUAAAGAAAUUCAAGCUGCACGUGGAACAAGAGGACACCAUAUACAAACUCUAUGUCGGGCAGCUACUUUUAAAAACCCUGCAGUGUAUCAUCAUUUUGUGUUAUUUUGCUGUCUUUGUUGAAGUGGUGACGUUUGACAUUAUAUGCCGACCGGGCAUAGAAUCGGUGAUUGGUUAUGGGGUUUUCAUUUGUACUUUCAGCAUUGCCUUCUUGCUCAGGAAGCUGCUCCUGCUCUACCUGUGCCUAGUGGGUAUCUAUGCCUUGCUUUGCAUCCGCACCAUCUACUGGGUCCUCCGAACGCCGCUCAAGCAAUAUUCCUUCGAGAAACGAGAAAGCCAGUUAAGCGACAUUCCCAACGUGAAGAAUGAUUUUGCUUUCUUGUUGCAUCUGAUCGAUCAGUACGACCCUUUGUACUGUAAACACUUCUCCACCUUCCUGUCUGAGACCAGUGAGAAAAAGCUGAAGCUGUUAAGUUUGAACAGCGACUGGACGCCGGUGAAGGUGAGGCAGCAACUGAUCAGAGGCAGCAAGGACCAACUGGAACUUCACCUCUUCAUGCUGACAGGCAUCCCUGAAGCGGUCUACGAAGUUACUGAGAUACAGGCCUUGAAGAUGGAACUUUGCAAUGAUAUUAACAUAAGCACCAAGGUCACCCAGCUGGUCCAUCUGGAGGAACUGUCAAUCGUAAAUUGCAUCGUGACCAUCAAACCGGCCGCUUUAUUCUUCUUAAGCAACCAGUUACAUUCACUGUCUGUCACAUUUUCGAAUCACGAGGAGGUGCCUGAAUGGAUCGGAAAACUGACCAGAUUGAGAGCGCUUUACUUGACAGGAAACGUCAAUGCUGACGACAGAAGUCUAGAACUGGAAUUUUUAAAAGAACUUCGCUAUUUGAAAAUCCUUCAGAUCAACAGCAACCUCCUGAAAGUCCCCUUCAACGUGCUGUACGUCGCGCCCCACUUGGUUGAGCUGUCCAUUCUCAACAAUAAGAACAAGCUGGAGAUGCUCCACAAUUUGGGGAGUAUGCUCAAUCUGGCCCGCCUCGAUCUACAAAACUGUGAUCUGGAGACCAUCCCACCUGGCAUUUUUGGCCUCUCCAGCCUGCAAGAGCUGAACCUCCAGGGCAAUGAGCUGACCACGAUUGAAGAAAUUGAAAACCUGCAGCGCCUGCGCAAGCUGUUCUCCUUGAAUCUUAGUUCCAACAAAAUCAGAUCUAUUCCCGAUACCUUUAGUCUUAUCAGCAACCUUGAACGCUUUAACAUAUCAAACAAUCUGAUUGAAACAUUGCCAAAUAGUAUGUUCACUAUGCAGAAACUACAACAUUUGGACAUGAGCAAUAAUCACCUUGUUGUGAUUCUCCCGUCUAUAAAAUACCUCAAAAAUCUCAGGUACCUGGAUUUAAGCUCCAAUAGGUUGGAGAGUUUACCAGAUGAGCUGUUCCAGUGUAAGAAGAUCAAGACUCUGAAGCUAAACGAAAACUUACUCACAUCCCUUAGUGGGAAGAUCCAACAAUGUUCCCAGCUUUCAAGACUGGAACUCAAAGGAAAUCCACUGGACGAACUCCCAGUAGAGAUAACACAGUGUAGCAAAUUGAAACAAAGUGGUCUGAUAUUGGAUGAAUACAUGUUUGAGGCACUUCCUAUGCAAAUCAAAAUAAGUAUGAGUGCUAACCCCGAGCCUCCUCCCGAGGUCAGGCUAAUAAUACCCAACAAAAUGUCACUUUCUGACUUGGAACACCUGGUAUAA